GGCAAUUUUUCUUGAAACCAACAGUUGCUUAGGUGAUACCAGUGGCAACAAAAUGGUCUUUGUAAAGAUUUUCGCAUUUUUUGCCCUACUGGUCAUUGUGAGGGCUCAGCAAAAUACGAAUUUAGAAAAUUAUUACAACAGUCAAUAUAGUUCGCUCAUACGCAACGAUGAAUACAUUGAAGCCGUAAGACGUCAAAAUAAUUUCCAUAUUUUAAGUUAUGAUCAGCAGAUCCGGUCGUUCCAAGAAGCCUACUUGGAUCGCAUUAAUUCCAUUGUCAACCAACAGAAAGCUCUUGUAAAUGAAGUAACGCGUGUCAAUGAAAAUCUAUUUCCCUUGACAGUGCUGAGCGAUUUGAGUCGAGAGUGUGUGGAGAAAUACAAGCAUUUGAUACCAUCGGAAGCUGCAGCAUAUAGUGAAAUGGAACGUAACCUUGCAUGGGGCAGAUCGCAAUUGUAUUACAUAACCAAUCCGGUGAUUGGGACAAAUCGCACCUUGAAUAACUACUAUGUGGGAACUUUCGAAAAAGGCCUUUCCAAUUGUCAUACGCAAUACAAUACUACCUAUCCUGUAAACUAUACCCAUUGUCUGGCUGAUGUUGUAUCCGCCUCAAAUUCCUAUACUGCGGCCAACCAAAGGACCUUCUCUAUACAAUUGGAAACAGCCAAGGGUACAUCGAAUGUCUACGCAAAACAAACCCAUGAAUGGUGUUUUGCCGUCCAAAAUAGUACCAUUACAAAUUUACAGCGUGCCACCACUUUCAUCGACCAGUGCCUACAUGAGGCUGAGAAAGAGGGUUCUGGAUGUGAUAACAAAGGAUACUAUUGUGAAAAUGUCCUUCGUCUGCCAUCCUAUUUGAUUGAUUAUAAAAAUCUUACAAUGGUUAAUCCGUUCCAUGGCCGUAACAAUACCGAAAAGUGCUUAACCUUGGACAUUUGGUAUGGUGCUGCAAAAGCGGUUUAAGCUACAUUCAAAUACUUUAAACAUGUUUAAUAUUGAAAAAUGGAAAUUUUCCUACAGUGUAAUAAACUGUUUAUUUUAUGAGAGCAUCUAAAAAA